UCAAACAAAAACAAAAUUGUAAAAACCAAAAUUUGAAAAUUUAACUUGAGCAUGCAAUCAUGAAGUUUAACCUGACUAGGUGAAAGUGAAAUAUUCUCAAAUAUAAUAAUGAAUAAAAAGAUAUUGAGAAAAAAAGAAAAAGAAAAAGGGGGAAAAUAGAGAAGAGGAGGGUCAGAAACUUUUACUUUAGACACAGUGCGAGUGUGGCUUUAGUUAAGUAUUAAGCAAAGUAGCCGAAGCCCACACACAGUGUCUAUUGUAAUUCUCACUUAAAAAAAGAAAAGGAAAAAAAAAAAGAGUAAAGGAUUCACUGAAAGAAGAAGAAACCAGAGAGAAUCGAUAAUGGAGGAAAUGACGUCACGGCCUCAUGUGAACCCUCGCAACACGCAACGUCCUCUUCCACCGCCACCGUCAAGAAGAGCCGACAACGACAACCACCACCGUCCUCUCCCACCUCCACCUUCAAGAGCUCCCUUCAAUGUCCACAACACUCACCGUUCUCCUCCUCCAUUCCCACCGUCCAGGUCAAAUUCCGACGCUCACAACACUCGCUAUCCCUCUCCGUCGUCUCCGCCUUCACCGCCUACCUCUCGUCGGCAACAUUUUGGUUACGGCACCGCAUCGUCGUCAUCUUCCUCAUCAGCUUCCUUCCGAGGCUGCUGCUGUUGCCUCUGUCUCCUCUUCUCCUUCAUUGCUCUCCUCGCUCUCGCCAUCGUCCUUGUCAUUCUCCUCGCUGUCAAACCUAAAAAGCCUCAGUUCGAUCUCCAACGAGUCGGCGUUCAAUACAUGGGGAUAACCGCUCCAAAUCUCUUCUCAUUGUCUUCCUCCGACGCCGAGACCGCCGCGACAACGGCGACGACCUCCGCGACAACGGCGACGACCUCCGCAUCGUUAUCACUCAACAUUCGAUUGCUGUUCACGGCGGUGAAUCCGAACAAAGUCGGAAUCAAAUACGGUAAUUCGAGGUUUACAGUGAUGUACCGAGGGAUUCCGUUAGGGAAAGCGAUAGUUCCUGGAUUUUACCAAGAGGCACACAGUCAGAGAGAAGUGGAGGCGACGAUCGCGGUGGAUCGAGUGAAUUUGCUUCAGGCGGACGCCGCCGAUCUGAUCAGAGACGCUUCGUUAAACGAUCGAGUGGAACUGAGGGUUUUGGGGGAAGUUGGCGCCAGGAUCCGCGUCUUGGACUUUGAUUCGCCCGGCGUCCAGGUGUCGGUGGAUUGCUCAAUAGUGAUAAGUCCAAGGAAUCAGUCUCUGAGUUCCAAGCAAUGUGGAUUUGAUGGGUUCAGUUUAUGAUUCUUUGCCCCCACUUCUUUUUCUAUUCUAACUGGUUUCUUCUUCUUCUUCUUCUUCACUCUCUAUCUCUGCCAUUUUAUACUCAACAGAGAUUGGAAUGAUUGGGGAGAAAAAGAAAAAAAAUGUACACAAAAAAAAGAAAAAAGGAAAAAAAGAGAACAAUUAGGUGUGUUUAAAAGUAACAAGCAAUCCUUCUGUUCAGUACUUCACAUGGAAUGAGUCAUUCAAAAGCAAUGCUUUUUUCUGAUUCUUAUUAUUAAAAACAAAAAGGAAUGGUGAGAAUCAGAAAACUUUAUUCUUUUAUAUUUUGGGAAGUUUGUAUUUCUUCACUUGUCCUCUUUGUUUGAUCAAUUUCAAUGUUUAGUUGAUUUUUGAUC